CGGUCCGCAGCACAUAACAUACAGCCAAGGAAAAUGUCCAGAGAAACUCCAACUUCUGUUUUGGACCCUUUGACGGAUGCCACUUAUGGCGAUCUGAUUCUGCAAUACCUGCUGCACGAGCGGUGUGCGGAGACCGCGGACGCUUUCAGGCAGGAUAGGGAAUCGUCGCAGCGUAUUUGCACCAACGGGGAUGGUCUGAUGAACCAAGAAACGAAGGCCCGGGAGCUUGAAACGCGAAGUUUACAGCUACGGAAGGAGAUGAUGGCCUAUAUCUUGAAUGGAGAAAUCCCGGCUGCGCUGAAUUUGAUAAAGCCAGGCUCACCUCUAGGAGAAGUUAUGUAUUCCGGGGGGUACGGAUGGCUGUACUUCGAGUUCCUAGCGCAGAAUGCUAUCGAGGCCAUUCGAAGUCGUGACGUCUACAAGGCGAUUGAAGCUGGACGCCUUGCUAAACAAAACCUAACAUUAUCGGGCUCGGAAGACGACGCACAGCUAUCAACUGUCCGGGAUAUCAUGGCAUUGCUUGCAUACGAGGUCCCGGAAAAGAGUCCUCUCUCGCAUUAUAUGUCAGACGCACGGAGAAUCAACUUGGCAGAGAAGGCCAACGCUUGGCUAGCAGAAACGCACGGCCUUGGGAAGCGACCAGUCAUUGAGACGAUUGUCCGUCACACCACAGUGGCCUUGGAAGCGACAAGGGCGGCGCAAAGCGCUAAAAGUCCCGGACUCACUGAAUCGCAGGAGUCAUCCUAUGAGUCUGAAGAUGACGAUGCGGGUAUCUAUUACGGAGCUGGCCAGUGGUGAGGGCCGGCUACUGGGCAGUCGGGUGGUUCAAUGGCGUUUACCGGCGUUUAUCUGGGUUUCUUUGCUUUAAUCUACCUUCCAAUGAACCCGUCU